AUGCAAGCUGAGGCUGAGAGCAAGAAGACAGGACUCUCAGAUGAAAAUCCCAAUCCGUGGAUAGAACGUUACUUCAACCACAGAUGCUACAUCACCUUUCUGACUGGCUGCUACAGUUGCCACUGGCAAUACAGAGCGUGGGAAAAGACUGAACUUGGAUCCUGUUGCUGCCCCAGGAAAGAGCAAUUUUUUUUUAUAUGCCUGGUGAUUUCAUUUGUCCUGUCUGUGAUUUUUCUGUUCGUGUGGGCAGAAACCUCCAAUGAGUACAAUGGCUUUGACUGGGUUGUUUAUCUGGGGACAGGACGCUGGUUCUUCUGGUCCAUUGUUGUACUGAGUGCAGCGGGGAUCAUGGCUGUCUACACUUUCUUGCUUUUGUUAUUUGGGGUUUUGUUGCUCUGGGAAAGGAUUGAACUAAAGCUACAUACAGCUCAUAAGGUCUUCAUUUUGCUAACAGUUCUGCUGUGUUCCUUCUUAUUGAGUCUUUUAAACCGAUACUGGAAGGACAAGUGGCUGAUAGCUGGGCUGUCAUUGCAGAUCUUUGCUCCCUUCGUGCACCUGAGCCUCUUAACUGUGAUGAUAAUCAUUUCCUGGCCUUUAGCCAUCUGUGUGGCCCACUUGGAGUCAGAAGUUAGAAUAAGAAAAUACAGGAUGGCAGAUUACGAGCAAGAAUCCCUGAAGAGAUGUAAUAUAUUCACAAGGUUAAGAGCUCUACAAAUAGUUGCUGGAUUGCCCUUCUUUAUUAUUCUCUUAUGUCUUUAUUUGAUGCCACUGGGAAUUUAUUCUCCCUGCGUUUUGAAGAAGGAGAAUUUAGGGCCUAAGCCUGUCUUCUUUGGACAUAGAGGCGCACCCAUGAUGGCGCCAGAGAAUACCAUGAUGUCCUUUGAGAAGGCUGUUGAACUUGAUGUCUUUGGCCUGGAGACAGAUGUAUAUCUAAGUUUUGAUCAUGUGCCUUUCCUCAUGCAUGACUAUGACUUGACUAGAACAACCAAUAUUAAAGAGGUCCUUCCAUCAGCUGCUUAUAACCACACUGCCAACUUCAACUGGACUUUCCUGUCAACUCUGAAUGCCGGCAAAUGGUUCAUAAAGCAUAAGCCAUUUUUUGGCAUGAAAUCUUUAUCAGAGGCUGAUAAAAGAAGAGCAAGCAACCAGUCAAUUGCACGGCUGACUGACCUACUGGAACUUGCGAAAAAGGAACAGAAGGUUGUGAUAUUUGAUCUUUUCGGCCCUCCACCGGGGCAUCCUCUCAGAGGCACGUUUGUGCGAAAAGUAGUACGGGUCAUCCUUGACUCCAAAAUUGAGCAACAUCUGAUAUUUUGGUUGCCGGGUCAUGAUAGGGGCUACGUCAGGAGCAUGGCUCCUGGUUUUCAGCACGUGGGCCGUUUAUGGUCCAAUGAUCGUCUUAUGAAAGAGAAUAUUACUAUAAUAAAUGUUGACUAUAAAAGGUUGUUCUAUGGUGGGCUGAGAGAUUAUAAGGCAGCUAAAAUCCAUAUCAAUGUGUACAUUGUCAAUGAGCCUUGGCUCUUCUCACUGGCCUGGUGUUUGAGGAUCAACUCUGUGACCACAGACAACAUUGAGGUCCUGCAGCAGCUUAGUAACCCUCUCUUCUUCAUGACACCAGGAUACUAUGCGUUCAUGUGGCUUUUCAUGGACAUUGCUUCUGCGAUUAUCAUUGCCUGUGUAUUUUAUUAUCACUGGAUGGAAGAGCUUAAAAAAAAAAGGUGGCUGGAAGCCUCUGCCACUGCAUCUACAGAUACUGAGAACAUAAACCUCCCAAAAGAAUACUCUAAGACUCAAGAAGCUUCACACUUACUUGAAAAGCCUUCUCCCCAAAUACUGAGAAGUCCGUGGACUCCAGAAGUUUACUAUGAAAACUUAAAAUUCCCCAAGAAGAAAGCAGCGCCAUUCAAGAACACAGUUCUACCAGUACCUCAGAGUUUUCAGCACAUUCAGAUGCCCAGCAGGCAGGCUUCCUCACCAAUUGAGCUGCCCAUCUUGAAGGAGGCCGAGACAACAGAACCCAUCACAGACGAAUCCUACGCCCAGUCCUACCAAAAUACUUCCAUGUUGAAAUCUUCUGAGAAAAGCUAUGAAACGCUAUAUUCCACUGACUCCUAGAAGAAGUAGUCAUGUCCCCUUCUCUUCCUCUCUGAGCCCAAGUCUGGUGAUGGUAGGGGGUGGUCAAGAAGGCUCACACACGGGCCACUGAGGCUUUCAGGAGCAGCGCUCUGGCCAGCCACUGUAAGGAACGCACCUCGGGAGACAGGCCAGGCAAACAGUGGUGCGCGGUCAUGGACCUGGAGCUGGUUGCUCUCUGGGUUUGCAGGGCUGCCCCAUCCUAUACUUGUGUUGUACUUCCUGCCGAAGAAAUGACUACUCACCUCAGCUUGUAAUAAAGGCGACCGCUCGGGAAGCCAGUGUGUUGUUUGCCCGCUCCGUGGUCACCCGGCUGAUGAAGACUGUGGGGCGCUGUGGUAGUGACAGUCUCCUGGGUCAGGGAAGGGGCGGUGGCGUGGGCAUGAGCCAGGGCGAGGCUCUCAUCCCACCCUCGUGUUCUGAUCUGUCUGCAGUGGGUUGCCUCCUAAUGCCUGAGGUUCACCAAUUUCCCGAUGGGCGUAAGUGGUGGCCCUCAGGCUUGAAUGAAUCCAGAAAUAAGAAAUAAAUCC